AUGGCUUCCCGUAAAAUCUUGGUUCUCGCGCUUGCAUGCUUCGCCAUUAUUAGCAUGGCAUCGGCGGCGCAACCGGCUGCACCGGCGGAGGCACCUUCUGACGAUAUUGGAACGACAGAUGGAAAUGACGAUGCAGCCCCAGUAGGCGCACCGGUUCCAGAUGGGGCUUUCUCCCAAAGCUCUGGCGAAUCUCCAUCGGGUUCAGCUGAUUCCGGCGCUGCUUCCGGUCUUCAACUAUCCACCACGGCUGCUUUUCUUGCUUCGGCUGCAUGUGCCGCCGCCUUCUUUUAA